UCAAAGAUGGAGAAGGAAAUUGGAUAGAAGAUGAAAAUAGCCUCAAAAGACUAGCAGAAGAGUUUUACAUGGAUCUUUUUAAGGCUAGGAAUCUGAUUCUCUCUGGGUGCUCGCAAAGCUCCUGGUCCUGAUGGAUUCUCAGGAAGAUUUUAUAGGAGAUACGGGGACAUCCUAGGAGACACCGUGUGUCGAGAAGUUAGAGGAUUUUUCGAGACGGCUAAUAUGCCAGCUGGAUAGAAUGAGACUCAUAUUGCAAUGAUCCCCAAGGUCGAUAACCCCGAACUGAUAAGCCAAUUCCGUCCUAUUAGCUGCUGUAAUUUUAGAUAUAAAAUCAUAUCUAAGAUUAUGGCAACGCACCUCAAGAGAUGGACUCCCGAGCUGGUAUCUGAACUCCAAACAACAUUCACUGGGGGCAGGCUUAUUUAAGAUAAUAUCAUCAUUGUCCAUGAAGCCCUUCAUCAUUUCAAGCACCAUAAAUUGGGGAGGAGAAGAGAUAUGAUGUUGAAAUUGGAUAUGAAGAAGGCUUAUGAUAUGUUGGAUUGGGAAUGUCUGGAGGCUCUCCUCAAGAAGUAUGGGUUUGACACUAAAUGGUGUGGGUGGGUCAAUGCUUGCAUUAGAACAGUCAGCUUCUCUAUUCUUUUCAAUGGAGAAGCAACUGACUCUUUCAGGCCUUCCCGAGGCAUUCGCCAGGGAGACCCUCUCACACCAUUCUUAUUCAUUCUCAUGUCUAACGCCCUCACCUUCUUGAUUGACAAGGUUGUGGCGAACUAUAGUCUGAAGGGGAUUAAGCUGAACGCUAGAUGCCCAGUGCUCACCCAUUGCCUGUUUGCAGAUGACACAGUCAUUUUUGGCAAGGCAGAUUACCAGGAAGCGCAGAAAAUUAUCGAUCUCAUUGGGGAGUAUGGAGCUAUCACAGGUCAAGAGGUUAAUAUUAACAAAUCUUCGGUGCCAAUGUCUCAUGCAACGUCAAAGAUCAGAUCAUAGCGAGCAUUGGCUUCGCUUCCUCGAAUUGUCACUCAAAGUAUCUUGGGGUCCCGACGGAGUGGGGAAACUCGAAGAAAGAACCUUUUAAUUUCCUCAUUCAAAGGAUGGAAAAAAUGGGGGAAGCAUGGAAAAGGCUCAUUCUCUCUCAUGGUGGAAAAGAAAUCCUUCUGAAAGCAGUUAUUCAAGCUAUUCCAUCGUAUAUUAUGUGCUUGUUCUAUCCCCCAAAGGUACUCACUAAGAGAAUAGACUCUCUUCUUAGUAAUUUCUUUUGGUCAGGGUCGAUGCAGAAAAAUAGCCUCCAUUGGUGUAGGAAGGAAAUCCUAUGCUUGCCUAAGUAUGAGGGAGGUUUGGGCUUCAGGAGCUUCAAUGAUUUUAACCUUGCCCUUCUCGCUAAGCAGGCUUGGCACCUCCUCACUACCCCUGAGUCAUUGUGGAGCCGUCUACUGAAAGGUUUGUAUUUCCCUAGAGGUGAUUUUCUUAAUGCUAAAAAGGGGAGCAAAGCUUCAUGAAUCUGGGCUAGUCUUUGGGAGGCAAAAAAGGUGCUAGGUUUGGGAGCAGUUCGAGUGAUCGGAUCAGGUGAAGAAACGUGGAUCGAUCGGGACCCCUGGAUCCCCACUUUGGACAAUUAUGCUCUCAGGACUGGCCCCCAGAAUCAUCAAAAGGUCAACGAGUGGAUUGAUCCUGGAGAAAGGAAGUGGAUUCCGGAUGUUAUCUAGGGACAUGUGUCUAGCUCAGAACUUGAAGCUAUCCUCAGGAUUCCAGUCGGGGAGGAUGGAACUGAAGACUUUUGGGCAUGGAACUACAAUGAAGAGGGAAAGUUUACGGUGAAAUCUGCAUACCAUACGAUUCACAGAGCCAACACCAAUACGCAACCAAGCGGGAAUACGGAAAAAUGGAAAUGGAUAUGGAGCCUUCACAUCCCCCCGAAAUUGAAAUUCUUUGUUUGGAGAUGCUCCAGGAAUGGAUUAGCAACGAAAGAGAGAUUGCUCUAGAGGAAGUGUGCCCCCAAUUCUUCUUGUCAGGUGUGCCAGAACCCUGUCGAAUCCGUCAAUCACUGCCUGUUCCAAUGCCCCCAUGCCAAGGUGGCAAGGAAUGCUCUUUUUCCGUCUCUCCCUUUACCACCUCAGGGAACCUUGUUCUUUGACUGGUUCUGCUCCCUUAAAGAUGUUAUUCAACAUAGCUCCUUGAUCCAUAUUGUUUUCCUCUGUUAGAACAUUUGGAAGGCGAGGAACGAAUGCUCCUUCAAGGGUAGAAUUCCGUGGCCUCCGAAGGUGUGCCAACUUACUUUUAAAGAGCUUACUGAAUGGAAUUCGUGCCCGAGGUCCCCACCUCCCCAGCCCUCCCUUCCCACUCAGCUCAGGGGAACCCAGUCUCAUACGAAUCCACCGUCAAGUAAUCAGCCUUUGGUGAUUCACUGUGAUGGGUCGUUCAUUAGCGACUCCCAGUCGGCGGCAUAUGGUGUUGUGGUUGUUAACCACCAUGGACAAGUGUGUGAUGGGAGAGCUGAGAAUCUUCUUUGUUCCACCCCGAUUGAAGCAGAAACUAAGGCCCUUCUCGAAGGAGUGAAAUUAGCUCAAGAAUAUGGAUCUGAAUGUACGGUUCAAUCCGACUGUCAUGUGCUGGUGAGAACUUUGGAUUAUGAUCGCUCUCGUUGGCCGUGGAGGUGUGCAGCAUGGAUCGGAUCGAUUAUUUCUAUCCUUCGGACAUACCCUCUCAUCAAAAUCAAAGAAGUGCCCAGAACACUUAAUGUCAGAGCAGAUUGGGUUGCAAGAUCAAAAGCUCGAGCAUCGCUUUCUGAUGAUUGGAUUAAUAUUCUUGAUCUCAUUUCUGAUCUUCUUUAAAAUUGUAACCGAGUUUCUCGUCUUUCAGUUGUUUGGUGGAAUAAAAGUUGGUAAUCAUUGUAAAAAAAAAUCCAUUGAGUGUCUUCCAAUUCAAAGUACAAAAGCUACCCUAAUUAAGAAAAGCAAAAAGAACAA